CGUUACUCCGUGUCCACACCACACACAAUGGCGUCCCGCAUCCUGCUUCGCGGACUGCACACGACGCGCGCCGCGCUCGACGCCGCCGGCGCCAGCGCUGGUGCCGAGGGCGCCGCCAAAACGUCGCUCGGCUUCACGGCGCAGCCGAAGCGCACGCGCACCCUCCCGGCGCUCCAGAUCCCCAAGUCGUCGUACCAAAACCUGCCGGGCGCAGCCGGGCGCGAGCGGCGCGCCGAGCGUGCCACCGGCCCGCGCACCGACGCCGCGCGCACCGACCGUCCCCGUGGCGACCGUGCGGGUGCGUCUCGCGGCGACCGUGCGGGUGCGUCUCGCGGCGACCGUCCGUCCGUCGCUCGCGCCGACCGCGCCGCGCCUCGCGCCGACCGCGCGCAGCAGCCGCGCACGAACCUCUCCGCGGUCUCCUCCGAGUUUUUCGAGGGCGCGGAACUUGCGCGCAAGUUCACGCGGCCGGACGCGCCGCGGCGCGCGGCGCCGCGCAAGCCGCGCGAGAGCAAGGGCCGCGGCGUCCCGGUGGCCGGGGACGGGUCGCGGGCGGGCGAGGGGCGGCGCACGCGCUUCGCUGCCGCUGCGCCGGUGCAGAUGCGGCUGGAGCCUGUGGCGCGGGACACGAGUGCGGCGGCGCUGUUCGGCACCGCGCCGUUGUUGGCGCGCGGGGCGCGCGCGCGCGAGCCCGCCGCGUCGGUAUGGGCCAAGGGCAUGGAGCGGGCUGAGGCGUCGCGCGCGGAUAUGCUGCGUGUGGCGGGCGAGUAUGCGCUCUUCACCCCGCCCAGGCCGCAGGGGAGCGGCGUCAAGUUUACGGCGUCCACCGCGGAGUGGGCGCUCGGGAUGAACCACUCGAUCAGCAUGCGCCGCCGCGCCGCCGGCAUCGAGGUCAUCCGCUCGUACCUCGGCUAG